AUGUCUCACGACGGAUGGAAAGAUUUUAAGUUUCCAAUUGAUAAAUAUGUUCAAUACUACUACGAAUUGGAUGAAAUUUCAAAGUCAAAUCCUGUAGUGAAAGUUUUAGAUACGCUAAAAGCACGAGAAAGAAAAACAAUUGUGGAUGAGCAUGGCAUAGUCGUAUCAUUCUUCAUCGACGAAGAAGAACAUGUGCAUAAAAGAUUUUUCAAGCCUUCUCUACAAUCUCAAAGAAAUUCAUUUACCCUUCGGUGUCUCAAGGAGUUCUUUGAAAAGCGUGGUGAAAUUCAUACGAUAGGCAUAAUGGGAUGUGGAGCUUACUCCUUCGAACGAUUUUCUUUGCAUCAGUUACCUGAUAUGGGAGUCAAAGUUGUACGUUCUGUAGAUAUUUGUCCGGAAACUCUCGAGAAAGGAUUCAAAGCUUUAAAAUCUAGCCUUAGUGCCGUACAUUCAAUGAUCAGUGGUAGUGUUGAGCGACCUUCAGUCUUGGAGCAGUACUACGGCAAGUUACAUUGUUUAUUUACCUUAUCCGUUAUCCUUCAAGGUGACAUAACGGAUGCUGAUGAAAGGUUUAUCGGGAUAGAUUGUGUUUGCUCAACAGAAGUAAUUGAACAUAUGCCCUUAUCAGUAGCUGAAGAUUUUGUGAGAAACGUUCUAGGAAACCUGCAGCCAAAACUUUUUGUUUUAUCAACACCUAAUUACGAGUAUAACGUUGCUUUCGGAUCUAGUACUUUUAGACAUGAUGAUCAUAAGUUUGAGUUCAGUCGUAAGGAGUUUGAUGAAUGGAUCAGUAAGGUAUCCAAAGAUUACCCUUAUGAGUAUAUUAUCCACUAUGUUGGAAAUGUAGAAGGUAGCAGCUAUGAAAACCUCUCUGGAGCAACACAAUUUGCCGUUCUGUCUAGAAAAGAAAAUGUUCCGAUUGAAGAUAGAGCUUCGAAAGGCAAAAUUUAUGAGAAGGUUGGACAAUCUAUCCUUUUUGGAGGACUUAGUGUGGUUAUAAAGAAUGUUUGCAAAGAUGCCUUCAAGAAAUUCUUGGAAUUGCAUCCUUUACAUCACAAUAACCUUCGUCGCGAGUGUUACGGAAAAUUUUGGGAGGUUGAUGUUGAUGAUGUUAUGGCAUUAGUGGCAGCUCCAGAUAUCAUAAAAGAGAGGAUUACGUCGUCUAUCGUCAUGCAUGUUUCUCAUGAGCUAUUGGAAUGA